GACAUCCGUUUUACAACCCUCCUAAUUUACCUAGUCAAUGGAAAAGAUCUACCUUCACAUGUUGGUCUAGAUGCUCCAGUGCAGGUGAACAAAGUGAUGAAAACAUGAUGGAAGCAACUCUGAAUCCAGCUGAUAAGAAUGCUAAUGAAAAUCAUUGCGCAGAGCCUAGUUCUGUAGACAUCAGAAACGAAACAGUAGCAAACACUGCCUGCUCAAAAGGGAAGCCUAACAAUGGAAUCACAACAGCCAGACAUAAUGCAAACCUUAAGAAAAGACGGAGGAAGAUCAGAGCUACAACAUCAUCCAUAAACUGUAACUCUAAAUGUACUGAUUCAAGCAAUAGUUCACAAUCUAUAGAGACAAUAAACCCAAAAUCUGUACACCAUUUAGAGAAGAAAUCCUGCACGCAGAUUGAUCAAGAUGCUGGUAUAGUACGGUCAAGCAAAGUGUCCCAGUCAGGACCUAGAAAUUUACAGAAAAGAAGAGGAGUUUACAAUGAGAAGGCUCUCAUGAAAGGCAACUUUGAAAGGAAGGGCACUACUUUGGUGGUUCGACUAAAUCGAGUGACUGUUAAUGAGGACAAUAAAGGGACAAACGUUUCCUGCAGUAGAAAGAUCAAAAAAUCUCAAAUGCCAAUAAAUAAAAAGAAUAAUGGAGCACUGAGGCCAACUAGAAGCACAUCUAAAGUUCUACAUCUUCGUGGCUCAAUUGUGCGGUUAAAGUUUCAGAAACCGAGGCAAACUGCUCUGCGUAGAAAUUUAGUGCUGAAGUCGAUUGUUGCUGCGAGAAAGCCUAUAUUAACACGUACUUCUCAACGACUGGAUCAGAAAAUAACUAAACCCCUUUCUUGUAGAAUACGCCAAGGCAAGAAAUACCCAAACUUAGUGGGAAAACGUAUAAGACAUCUGUAUGAGGAAAAGGAUAAAUCAGAAUCCUGGUAUAAAGGUGUAGUGGUUCGAGUGCAUGAAAAGCACCAGAAUCCUUUACAAACUGUGUAUGAGGUUAAAUAUGACACUGAACCUGACUGGCAGUACUACCUUGAACUCUUGCAGGAUUAUGAAAAAGGGUGGCUAAGGGUUGAUGACUGACUUGUAAAAUUAAGCACUGUGCUACCUUCUUUGUUUCCAUAUCUCUAAUGGUAAUCACACAGGCAAAAGUAAAAUAGAAUUGUAUAUGCCAUCCAGGAAAGCAAUUCAUCAGGUCUUCAUUAUUUUGUUUAUUUAGCAGGGCAAUAAAAGAAUCCAGCAGUUCCCACAUUCUCCUUAAGAUUUAAGUGCAGCAUCCUUCAAAAUUACAGUGCAAAGUUUUAGAGACCAAUUUGUGUGUGAGGAUUUUUGCAUUGCAGCACGGCCAAGAGGUAGCAUUGUCAGUUCUCAUUACAAAGCUAGAAAAUAUUUUGAAUACUAUGAUAUCAAUAACUUUUAAAAAUGCUGGAAUGGAAUUCAAUGCAAAUGUUUCCCUAAUCAAGUUAACUAAAGAUAAAAGGUCUCUAUGUCCCAAACUAUUUCAUUCAACAAAAAUCAGUGAUGUACCACUCAUCCUACAGUAAUUUCUGAGCUAAGUAUCAAUAUUUUCUAGGUAAAAUUGUUUUGCACUGUUCUCUCCAUUUUCUGGUUUUGUGCUGAUUCCUUUGUUCAUGUAUGCUAGCAGCUGUCAGUCUUUGGCCCUGCUGCGAUUCUUCAUGUGUCAGCCAGAAGCAAGAGUUGGUGUGAUGUUUGGCGUGGAGCGCCUUACAACUGUAUCCAAUUCCACUGCUGCUGGGUGCCUUUACAAGCAUUUCUUAAGUGAAAUUGUUGGAAAACCUUUGAAAGCUAUAAGCCUGGAUCAUCUUUUGUUCUAUUCCCUAGCCAAUGCUAGAGGUCAUUUGGGGACCUGUCAACCACAUCCCCAGUGAGAAUGAGCUAACUCAGGACUAACUUGGACUAUGAUUUAUAAUUAACAGAUGGUGCAUAACACAAACUGGCAAUCGUUGUGCAAGUGUUUUUACAAUGUCUAUUCUUGUGUGAUAGCCAUUCAAAUUCAGUUCAGCAAUUUGAAUAUGCAAGUUGGAUUUAGAUAUAAAGUUAGUGUAGAACUUUCAAUACUACCAGCACAAUUGUUAAUUGCUUCCCUCCCUCCUCCCUGUGUACUGUCCGCUUUCAUCUCCUAAGUGAGAACCUGGGUGUGAGCAGAAGCAGUUCCAUGCAAAACCUGUGCUGCUUGUUGGUCCUCUGCUAUUGAAGUAUUUAUCAAGGAUGGGUGACCAACACUAUAUAGGAGGCCUUUUUUUUUGAUUCAACGUUUAAUCAAGUUUAAACCAUUUUUUUUGUGGGGCAGUGAUUCCACAAACAAUUAGCAGUAAGUAUUUUUAAAUUCUGUCCUCUGCCCAAAGAAACCUUUAUAUUCAUGAUGAGUUUGACAAGUGUGUUUAUCUAAAUUGUUACUGAUGUACAGACUUAAGAAAUUGGGGCAUUGAUAGCACAAAUUGCAUUAAGUAGUGUAGCUACACUGUAGUGUUUUUGUAUGGACUUUUUGUAAUAAGAAAAUUAGCUAAUUAAGUUAAAGUUGUUACAUUUUCAAUUUUCAUCUGUUGAUAUUGAAAUACUACAUGAAAUUGGGAGGUGAAAGAAACAGUGUUGCUAACUCC